AUGUCGGGAGCAAACAGCAUCAAGGUCGUCGCCCGAUUCCGACCUCAAAACAGGAUCGAGUUGGACUCGGGCGGCAAGCCGAUUGUCGCCUUUCAAGGUGAUGAUACCUGUGUUUUAGAAUCCAGAGAUGCCCAGGGCACGUUCACAUUCGAUCGUGUAUUUGAUAUGUCAUGUAAACAAGCCGACAUCUUUGACUUCUCGAUCCGCCCCACCGUCGACGAUAUCCUAAAUGGCUACAAUGGAACCGUCUUCGCCUACGGCCAGACUGGUGCGGGUAAAUCAUACACGAUGAUGGGUACAAGCAUAGACGAUGAAGCCAACCGUGGUGUUAUUCCCCGUAUCGUGGACCAGAUCUUUGCUAGUAUCAUGUCCAGUCCAUCGACGAUCGAAUAUACCGUCCGCGUCAGCUACAUGGAAAUUUACAUGGAGAAGAUUCGCGAUCUCCUGGCCCCCAGAACGACAACCUUCCAAUCCACGAAGAGAAGAACCGCGGCGUAUACGUAA